AUGUCGUUGAUGGGUCGAGCCCUGAGCCGUGAGGAUCAGACUUACGAGACAGAUUCAGCGCUUUCAGAGCAAGGAUCGAGUAACCCGCGAUCUCAAACUCAGAACGAAGACGCCGAUGGGUUUGAGCCCAUCUCCUUUAAGCGAAAACAGAAGAAGCCAUCUCGUUUCAGCCUGUCUGGUUUGCUCUCAAAUACCGCUGGCGGUUCGAGCAACGUCUUCUCCUUCCAUAGAACACGCGAUUCGAGCGAUGGAGACUCCUCGCCUUUACAGUCUCAAGAACCAAUCGGCCCCAAUGGAGAUGCAAGUAUGAAAGACGGUGGUCCUCGAGACUGGUACGUCGAAGGCCCUGGUCGGCGAGUUGGCUAUGACGAUUUUACUGCUAUCGAUUGGAUAUACGAGUACACGAAGGAACGCCAACGGAAACGACUACUAUACUCAACUGGCCAGGGCAUUGUGGGGUAUCUGAGACGAUUCUUCGAAGCGAGCAAUGUUUGGCUUGUCUUGAUUGCGACCGGGAUCGCAGUCGGGCUUCUUGCGGGGGCGAUUGACAUCACGACGGAUUGGUUGGGGGAUCUCAAGAUUGGGUACUGUCGAAGUGGCAGUGGAGGUGGGAAAUUCUACUUGAACAGAAGUUUCUGUUGUUGGGGCUUAGAUGACUACUCCAAAUGUAUGGACUGGACGCCGUGGAGUUCAGCGCUGACCGUUUCUUCGAGUGCGGGCGCGUACAUUACUGCGUACAUCUUCUAUAUCGGUUUCUCAGUCGCUUUUGCCCUAUGUGCAUGUAUCUUGGUCCGCAAAUUUGCGAUCUAUGCCCGGCACAGCGGCAUUCCAGAGAUCAAAACUAUCCUUGGAGGAACGGUGAUCCGCCACUUCAUGGGCCCAUGGACGCUGGUGAUCAAGUCUCUCGGGCUAUGCUUGGCGGUUUCGUCCGGUCUUUGGCUCGGGAAAGAGGGUCCACUAGUACAUGUUGCAUGUUGUUGUGCCAACAUCAUGAUGCGGCCAUUUGACAGUCUCGCUGGAAAUGAAGCAAGAAAACGCGAGAUCCUCUCUGCUGCGGCUGCGGCGGGGAUUUCUGUUGCCUUUGGUGCUCCCAUAGGUGGUGUUCUCUUCAGCCUCGAGCAAUUGUCUUAUUACUUUCCGGACAAAACAAUGUGGCAAAGCUUUGUUUGUGCUAUGGUGGCUGCGGUUACUUUGCAAGCAGUCAACCCGUUUCGCACAGGAAAGAUCGUCUUGUAUCAAGUGACAUACACUCGAGGCUGGCAUCGCUUUGAAGUCAUACCAUUCAUUAUUCUUGGUAUCAUCGGCGGGCUUUUUGGCGCGUUCCUCAUCCGGGUCAAUACCAAGAUCACCCGGUGGCGUCGAUCCCGGUCUGCCUCGCGACCCAUUGUAGAGGUUGUGGUCAUAUCCCUCAUAACGGCUUUGAUCAACUUUCCGAAUCAUUUCAUGAGGGCUCAAAAUUCGGAGCUGGUCCAGGCUCUUUUCGCAGAAUGCACGAGCGAGACCUAUGAUCGCUUCGGACUCUGCGUCACUGGGGCAGGGGCUUUCGGUGUGGUUACUAUGCUGCUCCUCGCUGCCGCUCUUGCUUUUCUGCUUGCUUCGGUCACUUUUGGUCUUGAUAUACCCGCUGGUAUCAUCUUACCUUCAGUGGCAAUUGGUGCAUUAUACGGCCGCGCACUUGGAAUACUCGUCCGAAUGUGGCAAGAGGCCUAUCCAAAGAUCUUCUUAUUCGCCCGAUGUGAGCCCGACAUACCCUGUGUGACUCCAGGUUUAUAUGCCAUUAUUGGUGCAGCAUCUGCUCUAGGUGGUGCCACACGCAUGACACUUUCAAUUGUUGUUAUCAUGUUCGAAUUGACUGGUGCCCUCACCUAUGUCAUUCCCAUCAUGAUUGCCGUCAUGUUGUCCAAAUGGUGCGGCGAUAUCUUUGGAAAGCGUGGCAUUUAUGAAUCUUGGAUUCAACUGAAUGAAUAUCCUUUCCUUGACCACCGUGACGACAGUACUCCACCAGACGUCUACGCACGGCGGGUGAUGACUCAUUUCGACGAUUUGGCUGUGAUCACCGCCACUGGGCACACGAUAGGCUCGCUUCGCACUCUCGUGGCGAACACCACUUAUCGUGGGUUCCCCGUCAUCACUGAAUCCUCCACUCCGGUCCUUCUUGGAUAUAUCCGGCGGAACGAGCUUUCCUUUGCUUUGAAUCACUCUGCCUCUCCUGGAAAUCGAAAUCUCGCAGAUGACACGCAGGUGUUCUUCAUUCAUCAGCCGUUCGCAGACCCCAUUGAAACUUUGGACCUUCGUCCCUGGAUGGAUCAGACCCCAAUCACUCUCAACAGCAAUAUUAGCUUCCUGAUCGUUCUACGCAUGUUUCAGCGGCUGGGUUUGCGAUACGUUCUUUUUGCCAACAAAGGGGUUCUACAGGGCCUGUUGACCAAGAAAGAUGUCUGGUCUGUACUCAAUGGGGUUGAAUUUCGCCGUCAAGAAGCUCUGCGUGAGGAAGAAUUCCAGGACAGCCGCGAGGCUGAGGAAGUUGGUCUGCUUCAGGGUCAGGAAAGAAGUAGUUUGAGUGACUCGGUGGGACAGAACUCAAUAUGA